GUUCACUUUCGCGUUCACAAUUUCCAGUUUUUACCAUUUACGCACAGAAAUCUUGUUUGGGCGUACGUCCUUGCUCAAAGGCUUGGUGUAUUGAUCGCGUUCAAGGUUAUCGUUUGGUGGAUCACAUCAAAUCCAGUCAAACUGUGUACUCACGUCGUGAUUGCUUGGAACUGUGUCUAGGUGAAACGGAAUUUACAUGCAGAUCUGCUAACUUCUAUCGUCAUUCGGGUCUUUGUGAGCUAUCCGACAUGGAUCGUAUAACACUAACUGGUGCUAACAAUGUGGAGCCAUAUGACGGUGCUGAUUAUUUGGAAAACAAUUGUGCUGAAGAGCCUAGUAAACUGUGUGAAUUUAAACGCAUUUCUGGUAAAAUUUUGAAGACAGUUGAUUCUGUUUACCAGGAUAUUAACAGCAUUGAUGAAUGUCGUGAUUUGUGCUUAAACUCACCUUACAGAUGUCACUCUUAUGACUAUAAUGAUACUGGUGACAUGGUCUGCCGUCUUUCACAUCAUAGUCGCGCUACAUUGACCGAUGUUUUGGACCCCUAUUUGGAUGUACCAGAAGCUGCCACUUAUGAACUUUCUUCUUGCUAUAAUGUUUCAAUUGAAUGUCGCUCUGGUGAAAUGAUUACGAAAAUACGCACAUCCAAGUUAUUUGACGGUAAAGUUUAUGCCAAGGGUGCGCCAAAAUCUUGCUCCGUAAAUGUCAACAAUUCGCUGGAAUUUGAUUUUCGCAUGGGCUACAAUGAUCUUGAAUGCAAUGUUCGACAAAGUGCUUAUGGCCGCUAUAUGAACGACAUUGUCAUACAACAUCACGACAUGAUUGUUACUUCAUCAGAUUUGGGUCUUGCCGUUUCUUGCCAAUACGAUCUAACCAACAAGACUGUUUCGAAUGACGUCGAUUUGGGUGUCACUGGCGAAAUUGAGUCCUCACUUAGCGAAGAAAUCAUCAUUGAUUCACCAAAUGUGGUUAUGAAGAUCACCUCACGCGAUGGCAGUGACAUGAAACGCAUUGCUGAAGUUGGUGAUCCACUGGCUUUACGUUUCGAAAUCAUCGAACAAAAUAGUCCAUAUGAAAUCUUCGUACGUGAAUUGGUCGCUAUGGAUGGUACGGAUAACGCUGAAAUUACUUUGAUAGAUGCAAAUGGUUGUCCCACAGAUCAAUAUAUUAUGGGAGCUAUUAAGAAAUUGUCGCACAAUCCUAAAGUGCUUUUGUCCCAAUUCGAUGCUUUCAAAUUCCCCUCAUCGGAAGUGGUGCAAUUCCGCGCGCUGGUCACGCCUUGCAUACCACACUGUGAACCAGUUAUUUGUGAUAAUGAUGAUGGUGUUAGUGGUGAGCUUAAGUCAUUGGAAUCGUUCGGACGUAGAAAACGUUCCAUAUUGAAUGGCAGUGACGGUGCUGAAUUCUUGGUUAGUUCUUUCACUGAUAAACGUCAGAAGAGAGAUGUUAGUCACAAAGCAGCUGAUGAUAAUAUUUUAUUGGUGCAAUCUAUUCAAAUAACCGAUAAAUUUGGUUUCAAUCAGGAAGAUGCUAAUGCAUUGGGUGCUGAUGGACACGAGAAGGUAUUCACUGGAAUCAAUGAGGAAACGCUUACUUGUCUGAAUGGUUAUGGACUUGUCAUCGCGGGUGCACUCUUUUUGCUGGCACAACUGACUGUCAUCGCUAUUUGGAAGACAGUGCAAAAACGCAACAAGAAGGAACGUUAUCUGUAUCAGCAUGAACCAGCUCCAUCAGUUAGUUAUGGCGCACCAACUGCAAUGGUCUAUGGACAGGCGCAUGUGGGUACUGCCAGUGAUACACUUGGAAAACUGUACGAAAGCGGCAUGACAGGACGUUAUGGACAACAGUUUUAAAGAGAUACACGGUGGUAGCAGAAAAAAAGCAUUUGGUUGAUAUGAUUUUAUAUGGUAAAAUUUAAUUUUUUUUAAAUGAAAACGUAACUGUUAAGCUCAAAGCUUAGGUGUUAGCAAAACUAAAAUUAGAAUUUCAAUAUCGAAAGCAAACACACACUUUUAAUCGAAGGAAAAAAUGAAACUAAAUUGAAGACAAUAGAGCAAUUAAGCAGGCUUAGUUAAUAAAUACAUUUUUUAUACAAAAUUUGUAUUAAAAUAUAACAAAACAAAAC